UCAAAUAUUUGAGGCGCUUCAAAUGAGCACAUUAAAGACAUGCUCGUCCUAAUAAACAGUAGCCGUUAACUUAUUGAUUUUUUUUCUUUUUACAGGUACAGACUCCACAAAAGCGAAAAGUUGAAGACUGAAGCAUGCUUCAAGUAGACGGAUUCAAGAGACCAUCUCCUUCGCCAUCGCGGAGUUCGGUGAGAAGCGACAGUCGAGUAUUCCGGCCACCGCGCGUCAUCCACGUCAACCGGGACGCAUCCACCAUGGUGGACGACGACGCAGGUGGCGCGGGCGGCGCGCCCUGUUUACCUAGUGGGGCCGGACUGGUCUCCGAUUGGGAAAAUGUCGAACAGAACCCAGCCAACUUUCGGUCACGCACCUUCAGCGAUGGCUUCAUCAGAAACACGAGCCUUGAGCUGUUACUAGGUGUCGACUGCGAAGCGUGUCUCGCUCUCGCAGCACAACGACAGUGUUUCAAUAAACACAUAUCAGACCAUGACUUUGACUUAGUUUGCAACUGUAGCAUACAACAGAACAAUUACUUAAACUGCCAUCGAGACAUCGUGGAUCAUCGAGGUCAUACGCUUAACAUCUAUGAUUUAGAAAGAAUAAAACGCGGAGCCAACAGAAAUCAUUUAAACAUAGCCUCGCAUCGCAGCUUAGACAGAAAAUAUACAAAGAAUAAGCAUAUUGGAGUUUCCAAUUACUUUUCUAAGCAAUUGAUUUCGUAUGAUCCAACGAAUACACUUGUGCAAAAGAUAAAGAGAAAACUAUCUAAUUUAAAAAAGAUUGGCGGCGAAGCGAUUUCAAAGAAAAACCAAAACGCGGUCCAACUGGCCGAGAUAACAUCUGGCUCGGCGAGCUCUCUCAAGAAACUAUCAAUGUUGUCUGUAGUCGACAAGUCGCAGAGGAGGGUCAACAGCCAAAGCUGCAUUUUCACUUCGUCGGAAUUUCAAUCGAAAGACGAUUUGAAAAACAAUGCUUCUACUUAUGCAAAUUUUUCAGGGAACGUCGACCAAUGUUUUGAUAGACUCAGGGAGUGCAAUGUAAGUGCAGAUAGUGGUAGACGGCCACCGCACAAAAUGAUUAAAAUGCGAAGCUUCGAUAAUAAUGACGAAAUGCUAACGAGACACUCUCCUGCGCCUGAAAGGAUGAAAUUUUCCACUCUAGAUAACCGCAGCCGAUGUCGAAGUAUAAGAAGGCAAAUGUCAUAUAACGAUUUUCCAAGUGAACGGUUUAAGGAUAGAGGGUCAGACCUAUGGACGCGUGAUGAAAGCUUGGAGGGGUCAAAAAGUACUCACAACGAUUUAGUAGAUGACGAGGCACAAAGUUUUGUGGAAGCUGACAGGAUAGCGAUGGGCGGGCUGCGAGGCGCGCGCUCUCACUGCACGUGCGAGUCGGGCGGCCAUAACAGGAUACCUUCCAUAUUCUACGAUACCCAUGGGAAGAAGCGAGCUGCGCCAGCUCCUGACGUCACUGAACGUGGCACCGUGCGGCCCGCGGCGUGCAGCGCCUGCAAGUCCCCGCAGUGGUUGUCCACCGGCACCACCUCCACUGCCAGCCACAGCUCUACUACCACAGGCAACUCUUCCAGGUUCUCCGUUUGGCACCGGCGCUGGUGUUGCGUAGCGAUCCUAGUCCUAGUGGCCGGCACGGCGUGUGUGGCAGGCCCGCUAGCCCUCCGCGCGCCGCCGGGCGCGCCGUUGCACGAGCGUCUCCGGUUGGCGGAGCGCCUUCUCCACGAGUCGCCUCUCAUCGACGGACACAACGACCUACCGUGGAAUAUAAGGAAGUUUCUACACAACAGAAUUAAAGAUUUCAGAUUCGAUGAGGAUCUGCGAACGAUAUCACCGUGGGCCACCAGUUCAUGGAGCCACACCGAUUUGCCGCGAUUAAAACAAGGGAGGGUGGCCGGACAGUUCUGGGCCGCGUACGUGCCGUGCGACGCGCAACACAGGGACGCGGUGCAGCUGACGUUUGAACAAAUUGAUCUCAUACAGCGGCUCACGGAUAAAUACCAUCCGCAGCUCACUCUCUGCACCUCUGCCGACGAUAUAGUAUCGGCGCACGCGAACCACCGCAUGUGCUCACUGGUGGGCGUGGAGGGGGGGCACGCCAUCGGCGGCUCGCUCGGCGUCCUCAGAACUUUGUACCAAGUGGGGGUGCGCUACCUCACGUUGACCUCCACCUGUGACACCCCGUGGGCUGAGUGCGCCUCUGCCGACCGAAUCGAGCCUUCGCCGCGCGGUGGACUUACGCCUUUUGGAAAAGUGGUGGUGAAGGAGAUGAACCGGCUCGGCAUGCUGGUGGACCUCUCGCACGUAUCGGAACGCACGAUGCGCGACGCGCUCAUGGCGUCGCGCGCGCCGGUCAUAUUUUCGCACUCGUCUGCGCGUGCGCUCUGCAACGUCACGCGGAACGUGCCCGACACCGUGCUACGGCUCUUGGCCGCCAACAAGGGACUCAUCAUGGUCAAUUUCUACACUUCGUUUCUUACAUGCAAGGAAACCGCUACAGUUCAGAACGCUAUAGCGCAUAUAAAUCACAUACGCGAUGUCGCCGGGGUCGACAGCGUGGGACUGGGCGCUGGCUACGAUGGUAUCAACUACACGCCGCAAGGAUUAGAAGACGUAUCGUCAUAUCCUUUACUCUUCGCUGAGCUAAUGGAGUCCGGCUGGAGCAUAGAAGACCUUAAAAAGUUAGCAGGGUUGAACCUUCUGCGAGUGUUAGGAGCCGCGGAGCGCGUAGCACAGGAGCUCGCUUCUGCCCACGUCACUCCUUAUGAAGAAGUGCCGCCACGAACACUGGACACUCAUAACUGCUCGAGUCAAGAUCUCUAAACGAAAUCAACACGUACCUGCCUACUGAUUUCAUCAAUUUGAUUAAAUGCAGUAGGUACAAGCGGCAUGUUCCACUCAAAGAUCCACUCAGAAGUUCGAAAAUCUAAAUGCUUUUCGUUAUGUCUCCGUCUGUUGAAAAAUCGAGUCGAAGCAAAUAUAUUUCCGAACUUCCGGAAAGCAAAUCCAAACUUUUAGGAACUGCGGCAAUGGUCGUGUAUUCCAAGCUUUAAUAUUUCCGUAGGUUUAUUAAU